AUAUAUAUGCGUGUGUGUAUAUUUGUGUGACUAUGUAUAUCUCCGUAGUAUUUGUUACAACUAAAUUAAUCAACAACGCAAAUAAAAAUUCAACGAGAUAAAUUAAUAUCUAAUAGAAAUAAAUCUUAAUUAAAGAUUUUGCGUAUAUACGUGAUCGCGAUUCUUCAAAUAAAUAUUUGGAAGGAAAAUUGACCAACAUUGCUUUUUCUACAAAACUUGGUAAAAUUCGAGUACAAUGAGUGUGCAAGGCACUUCUUUAAAUGCGCCGGAGGUACAUAGCAUUUUAAAAUAUGCUUGCGUUCGUUUUGAUGAUGAUGCAUCAAACUUAUACAUCAAGGAUAUUCAGUGCAUCAUCGAAAAGUCUCCAGGCCCAGCAGGAAAAGUUACAUUCAGAAAGUUUUUACCAAAACAUGAGGAUGAUUUUGAUAAAAAGAAUUGUUAUCACGUGAAAUGGCAGUGUCAAAAACCAUGUACGAUAAAAUCAAGUCAUAGAUGUGAUCCAUUUUUAAAGGCUAAUAUUCUGUAUCUAGGUGAUUCAAGAGAUGCUGUAAGUAAAAAAAUUGAAGCUGGAAGAGUUAAAUUUUCUAAGAUGGAAUGGGCUUCGGAAUCUACUUACGUGACUCCUGAAAGAAAUACACUUUCGCUUGAGAGUAAUGAACAAGACGUAUCAAAAUAAUAAUAAUAAUAAGCCAGGAAUUUUCAGUAAUGGAAUCAUCCGCGAUGAAUCACAAUCUGAUGGAGAAAAUGAAGAUGAUGACUAUGUAAUAUAAUUUUACAACAACAAAAAUAAGUUAUAAACAGAAACAAUUUUUACUGUUUCGAAUAGUUACUUAUGCUACUUCAAAUAGUUUUGUUGGAGGUACAAACACUGUUUUUCAAUGAUGAUUAUUUUUUUUUAAAGAAACCUUCUAAUAAAACCCAGCUCUGUGCGUGCCUAGUGUGUUGCUUUGUUUGUUAUUGCUAGCUAUUGUGGUCAUCUCCUGUUUGCUACCUUUAGUGUAUCUAUUCUCAUUAGAGAUUAUUGUAGUUUAGGAGUAAAUAUCUUCUCAUAAUAAACGCGUUACUAUCCCUAAUGAAGAAAAAAUUCCCACCAUUGGUCGCACGAUUUUUCAUGCGAUUAAUCGCGCAAAGGAAAAUAACGACUUAUCGGCAACUAUCAAACUUUUUUGUCGUGAUUAGUGACGUGUUUCAUCGCACAAUAAGUCUCGUGACUAAUCGCGUAACUUGUAUGCAAUUGAUCUAAAUGCAAAAUUAGUAAACUUGAUAGCAGAUUCAAAAGGUAUCAUCCGAAUGGUAACACCUAUAUUGGCCACCACCCUUACAAAUUUCGUAUUUUGAACAAUUUUAUUUUAUUUGAAAAUUGAUUAGAGAUAAAUGGCGUGACUGGUCACGUGACUAAUUGUGAUACUCAUCGCAUGACUAAUCGCGUCGAAAAAGUUUGAUAAACUGACGCAAUUAUUUGCGCGAUUGAUUAUGCAAAUAAUCGCGAAAUUAAUCGUGUGAUUUUUUAUUAGUGAUAAUCUCCUACAUGACGUAAUUUUUUGACAAUGAAGGUUCAUCAAAAGUCUAUGAAGUCCUUCGACUAUAUAUUGAGAUACUUUUUGGAAUAUUUUCUCGGGUAUUCUGAUCUGCUAAAAAAAAUGAAGUAAAUAACGUGCAUCUAAAACAUUAAAGACAGUAUGACCUAAAGUUAAU